AGGCAGGGAAUCAGGCUCCAUCCAGCUCAGACAGAAAGGCAGGUUAGGAAGUCAAUUCACAGCAGUGAGAGGAAGGGUGGAUAUGGGGUGUGAGGGGUUGGCUCCCAGGAGGCUGGAUGGGAGGAAGCGCCCCCCCGCUGUCACCUUGCCCUUUUGCUGUAAGAGCCAGAUCUCUCUGGACGCCAUGCAGUUUUACAUCAGGCGCUGCUGCUUAACCUCACUGGGCGCUGGGUUCCUGUGGCUCGUCUUCGUUCUGAAAAUCCCCUGGGAAACUGAAGACAACCAAGGUGUGAUGGCUAUCCGAGAGGACCAUGUUUUGCCUCUGUCAAUACCCCAGGAGGACAGUUACAGGAGAGGGAAAGACCUGGAAUCAGCACAAGAUCAGAAUCUCACCUUCAAAUAUUUGGAAAAGACCCAGCAGAGAAGAAAGACGUGGCUAACGGUGGGGAUCUCCGCGGGGCCCCAGCCAGACCGGAGCAGCCUCUUCUACACACUGCUCUCCCUGUUCCAUGCUACCUCUAAGGUGGAGCAGAAACACCUCACGGUGCUGGUCCACCUGGCGGAUUCUGACCUCACCUGGCUCCGAGAGACCGUCCUCCACAUGUCGAGCCUCUUCAGCCCUCAGAUCCUGGCGGGGCAGCUGCUGCUGCACCAUGCUCCAACCGACGCCUACCCCAGCGAGGGUGGUGUCAGUGACAAGGCCGAUCGCAAGGGGCUGAACUCGAAGCAGAAUGUAGACCACGCCUUCCUCAUGAGUUUUGCCUCAAAGCUCUCCGAGUACUUCCUGCUGCUGGAGGACAAUGUCCUGUACCCCAGCUUCAUUACUCACAUCCACUGGAAGGUGCACACCCUGAAGUCUGACCCCUGGGUGCUCCUGGAGUUCUCCAACAUGGGCUUCCUUGGGAAACUCUUCCACAACAGGGACCUCCCAGUCCUGGCCCACUUCCUCCUCCUCUUCCACAAGGAAAAGCCCCUGGACCGGCUCAUCCCACAUUUCCGUGCCCUCUUGGCCCAGAAGAACCCAAUCCUCUGCAGACCUUUCCUCUUUUACCACAGGAUGCCCUAUCACACCUCUAACGACAGCCAGAAGGCCAUGAGAGCCCAGAGAAGGGGCCCCUACGGUCCCAAUAAUCCACCAGGAACCGUUUUCACGGAUAUGAAGGUCUUCUGUGUUCAUUUCCCCCGGGAGGCCUACACUCUGGACGGGUCGUUCUUUUGGACCUGCAGUGUUAGUGCAGGGAACCACCCGACAGUCAUCCUCAACCACCCGGACUUGACAAGUGUACAGGUGCUGACGGGCACUGUCCUGGAUGGGAACCAUGCCCUGGACAAGGGGCAGGUGGAGCUGGGCUACAGCCUGGAGGGGACAGCACAGCACUGCACCGGCUUUGCCCUGCUGGGCCACCUCUUGGAAGGGCAGCUGAACCAGGAGAUACUUCUGAAGAGCACGGGGUCCGAGGUGAGCUGUGCGAAGCUAAUGGUGAACGUUGCUCAGCUUGGCGGUCUCAUCGUCAGGAACACUUACCUCCGGGAGGAAAAGGUCAGAGACAUGGAAGCAGCUCUGGACAAGAGAUCCGUCAACACGAUGAGAAAUUAGAUUCUUGGAGCCAUUUCGUUCCCGCCUAUCUGAGUGCCA